ACUAUGUUGAACAGAAGCGAAGAGACAGAGUAUACUUGUCUUGUUCCUAAUCCAGAAGAAAAGCUUUGAAUCUUUUACCAUUGAGUAAGAUUGAGUGCCCAAGGGUUUGAUAAAUGUGGAAAAUAACCACUGUUCGAAUAUCCUGUUGGCCUGCUGAAGAAAUGACUGGCUGAGGCUGUAAAGAAAUCUUAUGGUCAUUCUCAUGGAAAGAGGAUUGGAACCCCGAUUCUUUGAUCUCAUUAUUGACCAGUUGGUUGAGAAGACUGUCCUCCUGUCCCCACCCAAUCACAAUAAGUGGCUCUGAAAUCACAUGAAGCUGUGGAUGGAGAGUCACCUGAUAGUCCCAGAAACCCAUCCCAGCCCAAGGAUGAUGAGUAACCAGACAUUGGUAACCGAGUUCAUCCUGCAGGGCUUUUCAGAGCACCCAGAAUACCGGGUGUUCUUAUUCAGCUGUUUCCUCUUACUCUACUCUGGGGCCCUCACAGGUAAUGUCCUCAUCAUCUUGGUCAUCACCUUCAACCCUGGGCUCCACACUCCUAUGUACUUUUUCUUAUUCAACUUGGCUACUAUGGACAUUAUCUGCACCUCUUCCAUCAUGCCCAAGGCGCUGGCGGGUCUGGUGUCGGAAGAGAGCGCCAUCUCCUACGGGGGCUGCAUGGCCCAGCUCUAUUUCCUCACGUGGGCUGCAUCCUCAGAGCUGCUGCUUCUCACGGUCAUGGCCUAUGACCGGUACGCAGCCAUCUGCCACCCGCUGCAUUACAGCAGCAUGAUGAGCAAGGUGUUCUGCAGCGGGCUGGCCACAGCCGUGUGGCUGCUCUGCGCUGUCAACACGGCCAUCCACACGGGGCUGAUGCUGCGCUUGGAUUUCUGUGGCCCCAAUGUCAUUAUCCAUUUCUUCUGCGAGGUCCCUCCCCUGCUGCUUCUCUCCUGCAGCUCCACCUACGUCAACAGUGUCAUGAUUGUCCUGGCGGAUGCUUUCUACGGCAUAGUGAACUUCCUGAUGACCAUUGCGUCCUAUGGCUUCAUCAUCUCCAGCAUCCUGAAGGUGAAGACUGCCUGGGGGAGGCAGAAAGCAUUCUCCACCUGCUCUUCCCACCUCACCGUGGUGUGCAUGUAUUACACCGCUGUCUUCUACGCCUACAUAAGCCCGGUCUCCGGCUACAGGGCAGGGAAGAGCAAGUUGGCUGGCCUGCUGUACACUGUGCUGAGUCCUACCCUCAACCCCCUCAUCUACACUUUGAGAAACAAGGAGGUCAAAGCAGCCCUCAGGAAGCUUUUCCCUUUCUUCAGAAAUUAACUGUGUCUUCUGAAGUUUUUGUCCUUGGAGACUGCAGUUUUAGUGGAGUCUGAUGAGCAAGUUUCUGGACUGGGAGGUAAAUAGACUUGUUUUUUCUAACCCAGCAGAACCUGUGCAUGGAUGAGCUGGGAGUGCUGGUUCCCUGAGACUUGGUGAUGGGGGGAUUGCGGUAGGUGUGACGCACCAGCCUCUGAGACACCAGAUCUCUUGGUCUGACUCCAAGGUGGUGUCAGUGCUGAGUUGGCAGAGAAACACAGGGCCUAGGAGGAGAAAAGUGUUCCUUGUGUUUUCAACUCACAGCCACAUCAAACGUUUUCCUUUUGUAUGUACAACACUCAGGGUGUAAAUUCUAAAAUCACUCCUAGAAUUCAGCUGUGUGGGUCUAAAAAGUUAGGCAGAACUGUGGACCCCACAGCCCCUGAAGGGUUGUCAGACUGAAGCUUUGUUUUAAGGUGACCACUGGCCUCUAGGAAACCUUCUACCCCCAUUAUCUUACCUCAACUCUUUCCUCUGGAGCCACUUGGACUUCAAAAAUAGUUUGAUUUUAAUGCAAACUGUUGUUUCUGCUUUUGUCUUUUCUUCUUACUAACACUUCAGAUCCUGAGUGUCUGACCUACCUAAUUGGCCUGGAGCGAGGACAGCUGCCGUGAGUCAGCUCUAAUAAGUUAAACGGCAUUGUAACAAGGCAUUGCUAUCCUUCCAUUGUUUCAGAUAAAACUGGGUGAACGAAUCCUCUGUGUCUAAUAAAGACAGGUCUUGUGCUUGUGCUCCAUGCUAUUACAAAA